CAGAAGAAACAACAGGCGGAGGAGAAGAAGAAAGAAGAAACUAAGAGAAUCUCCAUAUAUAUACACGCGCAUAUAUAUAUAUAUAUAUAGAGAGAGAGAGAAACUAUACGAUGAACAAAAAGUGUGAGCUUUGUGGAGGUGUCGCGCGAAUGUACUGCGAGUCGGACCAGGCGAGUCUGUGUUGGGACUGCGACCACAAGGUUCAUGGAGCUAACUUCCUGGUGGCGAAGCACACGCGGUGCCUCCUCUGCAGCUCGUGUCAGUGUCCGACGCCAUGGAAGGCCACCGGUCCCCGCCUCGGCCCCAUCGUCUCCGCCUGCGACUCCUGCGUCUCCCUCGAGAACACCGGCGGAGGCAGCAGCAGUAGAAACGGCACCGAUCUGUCUGAGAAUCGGAGCCAGGAGACCAACCGUCACGAUUAUGACGGAGAUCGGUUCGGCGGCGACGAUGGCGGCGCGGAAUCGUACGAUGAUGGUGAGGAAGACGGCGACGACGACGAUGAUGAUGAGUACACCGAUGAUGAUGAUGAGGAAGAGGAUGACGAGGCGGAGAACCAGGUGGUUCCGUGGGCGGCGGCGCUACAGCCGCCGGUGGCGAGCUCGUCGUCUUCGGUCAGCAGCAGUGGCGGAGGCGGCGUUGAGGCUUUCCCUCGACGCGGCGGAGGGUGUUUGACGGCGAAGAGGAAUCCCGAUCUUCUUUACUCCGAUGAGGAGAUCGCUUGCUCUUCUUCGCCUCACGAUUCCAACAAUUAUCGACCAUCGAAGCGAUCGUCAACAGACGGCAAUGGCCAAACCCAUCGAGAGCAACGGCUGUUAUCAAACUCCAUCAUGAGAUGAAACACAGAUCCAUCAUCGGACGGUCACGAUCUUGCCCAAAUGAGCAGAGAUCACAGCCGUUGAUUUUGCUUUUGGGUAUUUGUCCUCCCUGCUAUCCCACCCACCACUUUUCCUUUUCCAUUUCCCAAUGACCAAUGUCCUCUCAAAUCUUACAUAAACAGAAAACAUAUGAUGAUUAAAGCGAUGAUUGUGUAAAUCUCUAAUGAAACAAUUAAUUUGUUUGCUCGAAUAAAGUUAUUUCAUAAAGAUUCCAGAUUU